AUGGUCGGUCCAGGCGGCGGUCCACCACGCAAGAGCCACACCAAAUCCCGUAACGGUUGCAAAACAUGCAAGAGAAGACAUAUUCGAUGCGAUGAGACCUUCCCGCAAUGCCGCAAUUGCACAAAGCACAACUGCCGCUGUGACUAUCAGGACACGGCUGCCACUCAAGUUGGUAGUCCCCCGCCACCACGCCGGGGCCCUGACCUCCUCAUUUCGCCAGAGAUCGAAAUGGAAAUAGAUAAUUGGCAUCGCACUGGUGUGCCUCCAUAUCCGGAGCUCUUGCAGUGCCCACGAUCUGGGUGGUCUGGCUUGUCACGGACUGAUUUGCGCUUGAUUCACCAUAUCAUUGGGCUUUCUAUUGACUUGCAUCGUCGAGGGUUAAGUGGUUGCACUGUGUGGGCGCAGAAGAUGCCCAAUUUCCUGGCUAUUUCGCUGGGCAGCGACUUCGUUAUGAGCUCUAUCUUGAGCUUUUCGGCGUUUCAUCUUGCUUUCCUUACGCGAGAUCAGGAGACUAAGCAGUUGGCUUUCCGUCAUAAAGUCACGGCUCUCCAGGGUCUGCAGACGGCUCUGGGGUCCUUCUCGAAGGAGAACUGCGAUGCUAUUCUCGCGGCUUCUAUUCUUUUAUCAUGGCAGGCGACAGACCAUCAAAGUUGGGCAUCUUUGCAACACGGCAUCUCCAGCGUCCUUGAAUCCAUGCAUCCAUAUUGGAAGCAAGAGUCAGAUAUUGCACAGCUGAUAGAAAACCAACGAGCACUGAGCACGACGGAGCUUUCAAUGGCCGGAGUCUAUCAACCUCUCGACGAAGACAUGGUACAUCUGGACCAAACGAUCCAGGCCCUACGAAUGACACAGAAGCGCAUUUCCCACAACGUUGAACACUCUCAACGCCUGGGAGAACUCAUCGAAUUCACCCAGCAGUUCCGUAAUGACUUCCCCAACCAAACAACCGAACAAUCCUUCGAAAGCAUCCAAACCCUCCGGCGCUGGCUCUUUUGGCUCCCACCAUCCAUGCUCCGAAGCAGCGAAUCAGAUAUCAGCGCCCUCCCAGUCCUAGCCCAAUUCUUCGCUGUCGGCAUCGCUCUCGACCGCUUCUUCCCAGAGUUAGGCGGCGCAUACCUGGGCGCCCUAUUCAUCAGUCCUAUCGAAGAGAUCUACCGCAUAAUAGCCACCCACAACGCCGCAGACCCCUUCAACACCGACCUGCGUCUACCAUUGGAACUCAUGGACCUGCCCCGCAGCAUCGUCGCCCGAUAUCGCAGCCGCCUCACCCUUCCCUGGUCCCCCCGCUCAUCAGUCGACCACUACUCCCCCGGCCCACCCAGCCCUUUCCACCACAAUAUGCACGAGUACCCGCUCGUCGCAUCCUCCUCGCCUGCUUCUGCCUCGACUUACGCUGCUUAUACCCCGCCCUUGCAUUCUCCUCCUGCCGUCACUAUUGCCAACUCCGGCUUCCCCAUCCAAGAUGGCUAUGCCUCCGCCACAACCUCGCAUUCCCUAUAUCCACCCUCCCCGCAGCUCCUCGAUAACCACGACGUGCACCUCGGUCUGUCGGAUCUGGGUGGCCAUACCAAUUCUCAUACUUCCAUUCCUCAUUCAGCGGCUUACACCCCGCCGUAUGGUGGUGAUGUCAUGUGCGCCGGUUUGCCGCGCGAGGAUGGCACACUCGGUCUGAAUAUGGAGGUCUAUCCACAGACACAUCCGUAUGAAAUGCCGGGCUUGGCUGCCCCCACUUCACUUUGGACUUGA